AAAAAGAUUCAACAUAAGUUAUAUACCACUGUAAAGACAAAGAAGUUAUGUAACCAAUGAACAGAUGCCAAAAUUGUGGAUUUCAUACGUGAAUAGUAAACAGUACCAAUUAUGAAAUCCGUGGGAAAACAUGUGGAAGAAACUUCGUAUACUUUUAAUGGCGCUAUUCAAGACUGUAACUAUACUUUUUCUCAUCUGCAUCCUUGCAAAUCUCUCCUCCAAUUCCAGUCAACAAUCAAAACAUAUAACAUCAGUUGACAAGAAGCUUUAUGCAAGAGUGCACGCUGAUAAAAGUAAUGUUAACUCAAUUGUUUCUCAUACGGUGUCACCAAAAAAUACGGAUUCAGUUGUAGAUAAAAACAAUACUAUAAAAGUUCUAGUUAAAAACAAUACUUCAAAAGAUUUAGUCAAAAACAAUACUACAAAAGUUGUAGUUAAAAAUAAUACCACAAAGAGUACUCAAAUUUACGAAUAUUCAUUUUCAUACCUUCAUGUUCCAGUUCAAGUGUGUUCAUCAAAUGGUGCAAAGUCCGAUCCUUUCUUGCUUAUUGUGGUAAAAUCUGAUGUUAACCAUAUAGCCCAUCGAAUAGCUAUACGAAAAACUUGGGGAGCUUCAUCUAACUCAGGAAUAAAAGUGGUUUUCCUCCUUGGAUAUUCACCGUUGAUGAAACCAUUUAUACAAAUGGAAAGUAACAUGUAUAAAGACAUUAUACAACAGAACUUUCUAGACGAUUACCAGAAUAAUACAUUAAAAACGAUAAUGGGUUUCAAAUGGGUUGCUACCCAUUGCAGUGGUGCAAACUAUAUCUAUUUUGUAGAUGACGACUACAUUGUGAAUAUCAAAUACAUUUGGGAUCAUUUGCAUAGAUUGUAUGUUUCUAAAAAGCGCAGUGUGUUCUUGGGAUACGUCUGGAAAGAUGCCAAACCUCAACGGAACGCUAAAUCUAAAUGGUUUAUUCCAAAAGGUGAUUUUAAGGAUGAUGUUUGGCCACCAUACGCCAGUGGUGGUUCGUUAGUAUUGACCGUUGAUAUUAUUAAUAAACUAUUGUCUCAGUUCAAAUUCAUAAAGCCAAUAUUUAUAGAUGACGUAUACCUAGGUAUUGUGUGUAAAGAGUUACAGAUUUCUCUAAUUCAUGAAUCAAGGUUUAGUAUACGUUAUCAACCAGAUAGAAUGAACUAUUUAUUUUCAUCACAUGGAUUCAGCUCUCCAAUGAAAUUAGUUGAAGACUGGAAGAAGUUCCAUAUUAAAUAUGAUAUGGUAGUGUAAACCACGGCUGUCAUUCGGUAUAUCGAGAAAAAAUUAUCGUGAAAGAAUA